UCCAUGAACACACCUAAAACACAAGCCCCCAUUCCUCCCCUCACACUCUCUCACACACAUAUAAUCUCUCUUUUGACACACACUAAAACACGUUUGCAAGAAAAGCCAUGGUGAUCAAGGUAGAGAAAAGCCUAUCAACCAUGAUGAAUGCGCGAAUCAUUGGUUCGGGCAAAGAAACGGUGGUUCUAGCUCAUGGCUUUGGAGGAGAUCAGUCUCUUUGGGACAAGAUUCUCCCGGUAAUCACUCAGGCUUACCAAGUUGUUCUUUUCGACUGGUGCUUCUCUGGUGCCAUUAAGGAACCAAACACCCUCUUUGAUCCAGCGAAAUAUUGCCAGUAUGAUGGUUUUUCCGAUGACCUAAUUGCCCUUCUUGAAGAGUUGCAGUUAGAUUCAACUGUGUUCGUGGGCCACUCUAUGUCCGGCAUGAUCGGAUGCAUUGCUUCCAUUAAAAAGCCUCAUCUCUUCAAAAAGCUUAUCCUUGUUGGAUCAUCUCCCAGGUACGUAAAUUCGGAAUGCUACGAAGGAGGAUUUGACAUAAACGAGAUUGAACAAAUAUUUUCAAGCAUGGAGUCAAACUACUAUGGAUGGGCAUCCUUCUUUCCUACCCUAGUCAUCGACAAGAACGACUCUGAAUCUAUCAAAAAAUUCGAAGAAUGUUUGAAAAAAAUGAAACCCGAGAUAGGCCUUUCGGUAGCUAAAACUGUAUUCUUAUCAGACCAUCGUGACAUCCUUGAAAAAGUUGUGAUCCCAUGCACCAUAGUCCAAACAACAAAUGAUCUUGUGGCUCCAAUGUCAGUUGUUGAGUAUAUGAAGAGAAUGAUUAAAGGUGAAUCAACGAUUGAGAUAAUUGACAUUGAUGGACAUUUUCCUCAACUCACGGCCCCUUUUCAGUUCCUCGAAAUCUUUGAUCGUGUGAUGAACAAAUCCUUCUAGGAAUCUUUGGUAGAGUAAUGGUAUAUGGGACAAGGGUAUUUUAGUUUCCAUUUAGGGAUACGUUCAGUUUUUUUUUUCGAUUUUGGGGAAUUGCACAUUUGAAAAUAUAGUGUGUAAUCAAUGUGUACGGUUGGUUGGUUUGUGGGAUAAGUUCUUGUGGCCAUGAUACUGUUUGCAUUGAAUCUGUUGACUUUUCUAGUCAAUGUAUACAAUUUGUAGAACUUUGUUAUAAAUGUGUUUGUAAUGUUGGAAUACAUUUUGUUUUCUAUCAA